AUGAUCGAAAUUCCAUUUGCAACCCCCCAGGAUAUCGAAUUGAGCCCACCGUCAAGUCCUGAUGGGUUCAGUAUCAGUGAAUCCCUGGCCCCACGUCGGGAAAACUAUGCUGCGGUGACCACAGACGCUUCAUUUGACGGCAUCCUGAAGGAACCUUUGCAGUUCAAAGAAGAUAUUAAAAACGGAUGUGGGGGUCAAUUAUGGCCUGCGGGCAUGGCUCUGGCAAAAUACCUCUUAUGCCGUCAUGCCACCGAUCUAUCCGAUAAGACAAUCGUGGAACUGGGGGCUGGAGCAGGCCUGGUUGGACUCGCCAUGGCCCGUGGGUGUCACCUCGAAAACCCCAUCUAUCUCACAGACCAGGAACCCAUGCUAUCCUUAAUGAAUGAUAACAUCCAACUGAACAACCUCGGCCCAAAUGCGACUGCUGCGAUACUAAACUGGGGAGAACCAAUCCCACACCAGAUCCCGUCAAAACCGGACGUCAUUAUUGCCGCCGACUGCGUCUAUUUCGAGCCGGCGUUUCCUCUGUUGAUCACCACGCUCCAGGAGCUACUGGGACCCAACUCGGUCUGCUACUUCUGCUACAAGCGCCGCAGACGAGCGGAUCAGCGAUUCAUGAAAAUGGCUAAGAAGGCCUUUGACAUGGAGUUAAUCACCGAUGACCCCGGUGCCGCAGAGUACAACAGAGAGAACAUCUUCAUGUACACGAUACGUGCGAAACAGACCAAACCGGCCAGAAGUGCCACUUGA